UCGCUGCCUAUGCCGCUUCGCAUCCCAUCCGUCACACGCUCAUCCCCCCCUUAUCCUUACCGCCGUAUAUAAUCACAUAAGCAUGAUUCCCAACUUCAAGCCGCAGCUGAUCAAGAGACGGUCUGGUCCCCCUCCUGCGAAACCCGCGCCCAGCAGCAAACCUCCGCAAAACAGCAGCACGCGACAGUCAAACACCGCACCUCCGAGUAGCCGCUUCAAGCUGACGGCUUCGAACAAAUCCCGCACCGCUUCUCCAGCCGCACGCGCCGAGUCCUCCCGAUACUUGUCGCCGCCGCGCCCGCGCGUCCAGACCAAGAAGCGCAAAGUAAGUCCAAGCGCGGCCAUACUUUGGGGGAGCGAUAGCGAUGAUGAGAGCGACGGGAGCCAUGACGAUUCGGCUAGCGACCGCAAGAGACAGAAGACGAGCAGUAGUGUUGAACCGGCUUUUCACCAUAUCUGGAGUCUGAAGCCUGAUCACCAACGGCGCAUUCGUGUGCAUCCAAAACCCUCGGAGCAGCCAACCUCCAACUCGAGCAGCACCGACGGACCUAUCCUGCCUGCGCGCCUUAUAGACAGCAUAAAAUUGACACGUGGAGCGUGGGCAAAGCACUAUAAAUCUCCUUUUCCAGACCUAGACAGGAAUCUCAUUGUCUCUCUGCAAUAUCCCAGCCCUGGGCGGCGAGAAGAAUUCGAGAUUAUAUGUCCGCCGCCGACUUCAGAUGAUGUGAACCCCCUCGAUGAUAUCUUUUAUACUAUAAACGAGAUCAUCCAGCAUUACCUGCCCGCCCAAUUGGACAAAGAUUUGAAGCUGUCCGACGACGCCGACGGUAUUGUCCGCCGUUUGAAACGCGCCGUCACCAAAAACCAGCCCGACGAGUUCCGCGAUGCCUUGGAAAAGUUCAACACUAUAAUCAAAGACAACUUGGAAAGUAUUUCAGACCAGAUUGACAGUAUGCACUCUCUUCCUCUGGAUCUGGUCAACCGUAUAACCAUACAAACCUAUCAACGUACCGUCUCUCAUCGGGCACACCUUUUGCGCCGAGUCAAGGACAAAGAGUUUACUUAUGGGGAGCUCAAGUACAAGCUUGCGCACAAGAUCUUCGAGCAAACAGGCCUGAAUUCGAAAUCCGUUUUCGUCGACCUGGGGUCUGGUGUUGGUAACGUGGUUCUUCAGGCCGCUCUUCAGACCGGCGCCGAGUCCUACGGCAUCGAAGUCUUGGAGACACCGGCAGACUUCGCCCUUGAUCAAGCCUCGGAACUCCGUGCCCGCGCAAAGCUAUGGAAUAUCUCGUUGGGUUUGAUUCAACUGUGGCACGGCGACUUCCUCGCCAGCCCCGAGAUCGACGCGGUGCUGCACCGUGCCGACGUGGUCUUGGUCAACAACAAAGUCUUUCCCCAGGAUACCAAUUUCGAACUACUCAACAAGUUCCUCGAUCUCAAGGCGGGCGCCAAGAUUGUCAGCCUCGAGAGCUUCGGCGCCGGCGCUGGGAAGCAGGGAUCGCGCAACGAAAACAAUAUAUUCAACAUUUUUGACGAGGAGCUGUUCGAGUCUGGCACUAACAUGGUCAGCUGGACGGAUGCGGCGGUGGAGUAUUAUAUUGCGACGAAGAGGUGCUAG